AUGACGACUAUUCGCCAGAGAAUCGAUACGAAUCAUCGCGAUGCCAUUGUGAGUGAUUUUAAUCAAAAAAAUUAAGGAGAAAUCAACAAAUCCUUGAAAAACAAUUUUUUUCAAUUUUCAGCACGACGCCCAGCUGAACAUGUACGGAAGCCGACUUGCCACGUGUGGAUCCGAUCGACUUGUUAAAAUUUUCGAGGUUUUUCGCAAUUUUCCCACGAAAACACCAUAAAUCGUUCAGGUCCGGCCGAAUGGUCAAUCUUUUCCGCUUGCCGAACUCGCCGGACAUUCCGGUCCCGUCUGGAAAGUCUCGUGGGCCCAUCCCAAGUACGGAGGCCUUCUGGCCUCUGCCGCAUAUGAUAAGUUAGUGCAAAUUGCGAAAAUAGUGAAAACCUGGUUGAAAAUGCUGUAAUUUUCCUCUAUCAAAAAAAAAUGUGAAAAAUUUGCAGGAAAGUGAUAAUCUGGCGCGAGUUGUCUGGUCGCUGGCAAAAGACGUACGAAUGGGCGGUGCACUCGGCUUCAGUCACUUGCGUGGCCUUCGCUCCGCCCCAAUUCGGGCUCAUGUUGGCUUCUUCCUCCUCGGAUUCCGAUAUUGGAAUCCUCCGUUACGACGAGCAGUCCGGCCAGUGGAUCUCGUCGAAAAUCUCGAAUUGCCACGAGCAAGGGGUCAAUUCUGUCGCCUGGGCGCCCGGAUCCGCCGAUCCGAAUGCGAAGAAACGGCUCGUUUCAGCCGGAUGCGAUAAAUUUGUCAAAAUUUGGCUUCUGUAAGUUUCUUCCUCUGAAAAACUAAGAAAAACGGUCAUACUUUUCAGCGACGAAGAAAAGAACGAGUGGAUUUGCGAGAGAACCCUACAGGGACACAUUGACGUGGUGCGGGAGGCCGCGUGGAGUCCGGUUAUCAACAAGGGACAGCACAGCAUUGUAAGCUGCGGAACGGUACGAAUUUUCCCGUUUUUUCCAUGAAAAUUGACGAAAAACAUCAAAACUUAUGCUAUUCUGUUUGCAGGACGGUCACCUGGUGCUUUACCGUACGGAUAACAUUGAAACGGACGGAUGGAAAUCGAAAUUGCUGGAAGAAUCGCCGACCGAACUGUACCACGUCUCGUUCUCGCCCUGCGGAUCGUUCCUUUCCGUGUCUGGCGACGACAAUUUGGUUGGUCUUUUUUUGUUAGAAUAGCACCGACCAGAUCCGGAAAUGCAAAGUUUGAGUAGUUUUGCUCCUCUUCAACUUUGAUGACUCCCAAUCUUUAUUGUUUAAAACCGUAGGGAGUCCUGAUAACUUUAGAAGACAACGUAUUUCUCUGACUGCUGACGCAAAAUUUCGUAGUGAUGUCAUAACAUUGAACGAGAGUCAAACUGGACAAGUUUUGCACUUCCGGAUCUGAACAGUAUUAUUAUAGGGGCACCAGACAGAAACGGCGCACUGUUCGCAAUCUGGCCGAAUUUCUAGGCCGCGAAGUAAUUUUCCACUGAAAACGUGGCCUAACUUUUCAAACUCGGCCCCGAGGUCGCUCAAUUUGCAGUGCAAAAAGAGCUUCUCAACAGAGCGCUAUUUCUGUGCGGUGCCCCUAUAAUACCACCAUUAUUUGGGUCCGUUCUUCCCGGCUAGAGCCGUAAUUCAAGCGUUUUUUUUGCAGAUUUCGAUUUGGCGUGAAAAUCUGCAAGGACAAUGGAUCAAAGUGCCGAGAGAGAACAAGGAACGCGAGAGUUCGGUGGCCGCGCCAUCUCGAUAA